AUGAGCCAUGUCAGCAAGCCAGGUUUGAGCGAAAGCAAUUCAGUCGAGCUACUUAAACAACUUGAAGCCUAUGAUUUUUUACUUGAGCAACUUCAGGCCGGCUUCAGCGCUGGCUUCUACCAGUUGAGCAGAGCUAAUUAUCACAACAAAGAUACAAUAAGAGGGCGUUACGGAAGCGACUAUUGGGAUCAGACAUUCAAAGGAACCCAGUUUAUAACAGCUCAAGGGCCGAAACUGGCACGUCUGCCAGAAUCUCAGGUUCUAGAGAUACUUGAGUCCGAGGACGAGUCGAGCAGUGAAAGUGACGAGAAGGACGAAGUAUUGAGGAAGCGCAAGGAGGGCCAGUCAUCAGAGCGUAAGAAGGCGGGCCUCAAAAAAAGGCUUCCUGACCCGCUCUUGAUGUUUGGAGGGGCACUAUCCAUACCAUCGUCUUUACGGCAGUGUCAAAGUAGCUUUAAGGGUUCCAUAGAGUCGGUCAUCGAAUUAGCGAACUGUCGAAGAAGGAUAGAAGAAUUGAUAUCAAAUACACAAGACUGA